AACGAAGGUGCGCGCCGCCGCGGCGAUACCCCCCUCCCUCCCGCUCUCUCCCAUGAAGCCGCGAGCAGGAGAGAAAGCAUAGUCAGUCUGGCCUAAGGUUCCGAACCGCGAACAACGUUUUCGCGCUUCCGUCGUGUAUACCCACUGCAUUUCCCUCACGUGUGUGUGUACUGCACGAACGAGCUGCAUACACGUUUCCGGUACGUCGUCGAGUGACUUGUGUAACGAAGGAAGAAAUUGAUUAUUAUCGUCGUUGGUGUGGAGUGUUCAAGUGACGGAAUCGCGCGGAGAGGCGGCUGUAAAGGAAAGAGAGUAAAGAGGAUAUAUGGAACCACCCUAUGGAUAGCAACAUGUCCACCGCGGCCUACGUGCACCGGGCUGGCGGGGGCGGCUCAACGUCAGGGACGAUGUCCUCGAGUCCUGCCAACGGCAACACAGCCACGACUGGUGGUGGCGGCGGCGGCCGCAUGGCCGUGAUCGGCGUCACCCGCAACGUCAAGCUUCGCCGACGAGGCGCCGCAGGCUUUGGCUUCUCGCUCAGAGGCGGCCGGGAAUACGGAGCCGGAUUUUACGUGAGCGACGUCGUGCCCGGCGGCGAGGCGCACCGCAAUGGACUCAGGGUCGGUGAUCAAAUCCUCCGCGUGAACGGCUACCCGGUCGAGGACGCCGUGCACCAGGAGGUGGCUCUCCUGGCGAAGAACCAGCAGGUGCUGGUCCUCAAGAUCCGCAGCGUUGGAAUGAUACCAGUCAAAGACAAUCCGAACGACCCAGUGACGUGGCACAUGGUGCAGCAGCAGCAGCAGCAACUCCAGUACGGCGACGCCGUCAGCAACGAGAUCAGGAUCCGAGUCCUCGUCGGCGAGAAGGGCAGGCUCGGCUGCGGCGUCUGCAAGGGACUCGUACCCGGCCUCACCGUUCAGGGCACGAGAGAAGGAGGUCCAGCGCGAGCUGCGGGUCUGAAAGCCGGGGACAUAAUCCUCUGGUGCAACGGACAGAGCCUGACGGAUCUGCCCUUCGAGCGAGCGAUCGAGGUGAUGCGCAACUCGGCCAUCCUCGACCUGAUCGUGAACCGACCCAUCGUCAGCAGCGGCAGCAGCAGUAGCGGCAGCAGCGGCAGCAACAACCACGUCUACGACUGUCCGGAACAGCUGUGGAUGCGCGGCUCCAGCGGCUACGACAGCGAAAGCUCCAGCCUCGUCGGACCCAGUCCUACGCCUCCGCCGCCCCCGCCUAUGCAGAUGCAGAUGUCGGCCUCCCCCCAGCACAGGCAGAUCAUGAUGUCCCAGUGCAAUCGUAACGGGCGAAACUGCUGUCCGGCCAGCGGCUCGGGUCCAUCGGAUUGGGGCCACAUGGAACAGUCGCAGGAGUGGACGCGCAAAGCCAACAACACGACGAUCAUCCGGAUAAACCAGCAGCCGAGCCAGACCUACGGAGGACCACCGCAGCACCAGCAGCACGUGAGACGAGGCUCGGGCUCGAUGCCGAGAGCGCCGCUGAUGAUGCGAAGCCUCUACGACGACGCGAGCGAGCUGGACGAGGAGCCUCUGUACGACCCCGUCGCGCCGAAGGACUACGAGUGUCACGACUUCGACGCGAAUCCGAGGGACGAGAUCGAUCGCAGAGCCGAGUACAGGCGGGAACACGGCAUUCGAGAGUACGAGCCGACUACCGUCGACGAUAUCUUCAUCAAGGACGGCCAAGCGGACACCGGCAGCGCGAUGGGCUCGCAGAGACAGCUGGACAAGAAAACGGUCACCACGGUCGAGGUUCAUCAGCCCUGUCCGCCGGCGCCUCCGUCCAUGCCUCCGGCUAUGCCCUACAAGUGGCCAGCGGAAACGAAGCCGAUGAACGCGAUGGGCAUGCAGAUGGGCAGCACGAUGUCGAUGGGCUCGACGGGUUCGACGGAGACCGAGUCCAGCCUCGAGUCCUCUUGCGGCGGCAAGGAUUGCGGAGCCUCGACCUCGUCCUCGCUGUCGACCUCGUCGUCCUGUGAACAGAACCAUCCGGCUCAGGCCUUCGCCAGCUCCAUCGCUGCCGCAGCGGCGACCAAGCUGCCGACACCCGAGCCUCCGAGAGUCGCCACCGUGCAGACGAGCAUCAAGGCACCCAGUGGCCCACCCACGGGUACCGGAGGAGCCAAACCCGUGCCACCACCGCCACCGCCGCCGCCGAUCGAUCUGGGAACCGCUAUCACCAAGGAGCUGGAGAGACGGGCCAAACAGAGGAGCAUGAAUAACGCAACGACGGCAGAAACCUCGGGGGAUAAACAGCAGGCGGAUGCCCGGAAGCCUGCGGUUCCGCAGAACCAGGAGCAGAAAGUAACGCACGACAAGCUCAUGGAGGAGUUCAAACGCGCCCAUCAGAGGAUGUUCAGCAACGCACAGCAGCGCAACCAGGACAAUCCGGAACAGAACGAGGAAAAACGCGCGAAACCCGUGACAGCCACUAGUCUCAAACCGGCCGUCAGCACGCCUAACCUCCUCACUAGGACGAACAACCUGAAAAACGUCAGCAAGACCAAUAACGACGACCGAGUCGAGAUGCAGAGCAUCGAGUCGUUCAAGAUCGACCCCGAUGUGCCGCCGAAACCUCCUUCCACCUAUUUCACCUCCAUCAAUAAUAAAAACGUCACGACAAUGACGCUGAAACCGAAACCUAAACCUAAACCCAACGUGACCAUAACCUCGGCAGCGGGCCCGGGAAAGUCGGUGAGCAAGGUUGCCAUAAGGAUCGGCACGUAUAACGAGAUCGACUCGAAGCAGCCCUCGAGGCUUGGUUUUCUCAGUCAGGAGGCGACGCCGACUGUCAAUGGUAAAACCGGCGUCGCCUCGAGACUUCACAACGAGCUCGCCGCUACGCUGCAGAGGUCGAACCUAAGAAAAAAGACUGAGGGGGAAAACGAGAUCCCGAACGCGAUCACCGAAGAGAGCAUCAACAUCCUGCAGGAGAACGGCAUCGACAACCUGGCCACUUCGCUCAACAACAAGGUCACCAUCCGAGUGAACACUGAGCCGAGCAGUCGAUAAAUGAAACAAUCAUAUUAAAAUAAAGCUGUAGAUUCUAUAACGACUAUAUAGAAGAUUUAUCAGACAAAAGAAAUAAAAGCAAGGCAGACUCGAUUGUUACAGUAUUGACAUGAAUAUUCUAUAAGAGUAAAGUAUAAAUAGCGAAACUUAUACACACCGUGUAAUAUAACUUCACAAUUACAACAUGAUGAAUUGAAAAUUGAAAAGAUUGCAAAAAGUUAAUCUGUAGAAAGUAUGGGUGCGGUGACAGAGAGUUUACGGGUCAGUGUGUUUCCCGAGCGAGACACACUUUUCUGUGCAUGUGUGUACUUAUUGUAAACGCUCCGCCGUAUAUACUUAUAGGGUCUAGAUAACGAAACAAAAAAAACGCGCGAGAGUCGUACUCCGACUGCCGACUGAGCAACGUAUUGUAUUGUAUAACCGAUCGAUUAUAUUAUGCGUUGAGGGAAUAAGAGCUUUAUACACUAGACACUGCCAAUUCGAAGACAAAAAAAAAUUUGUAUUAUCCUUGUUGUUUUUUUUAUAAAAACGUGGCUUGUAGUAUUUUUCUGAGAAGCGGAGAAUUGCAACGUACAACGAAUAUGUAUUGCGUGUACACUAUUAAUCGGAAGCUUUUUAAAAUAAUGGACGAAAAAGAGCUUAUAAUAUGUAUGCGCGUGUGAAUAUUUUACUCAGUUGGCGAGCAGAGACUACUCGACUUGUCGCUAUUAUCUCAAGAUAAUGCAAAGUCAAAAGAGACACGCUGGGGGGUGGCAUAAGCUAAAAAAUAAUGUAAGCAUAUAACAAUCGCGUGUAAGGUUGAUUUCUCGGUUUCGUAAAACGCGUCGAUUUUUUAUAGACUUCUUUUUAUAGAACAGUUUUCGACGACUCGUUGUAAAAUCUAUAUACUUAUAAAAGUGCUUCCUUGAACGAAGAAAAAACUGUUAAAAUUUCCGAGGAAAUAGUAGAUGAAUGAGCAAAGUAAAAAACGAGUGAAAGUAUAACUGUAGUAGUUCUUGCGUUUGAUACGAGGUGUUGUACAUUUUUUCUUUUGAUACUAUAUAUUGCGCGAAUAGGCUCUCCGUUCAGUGGGGCAUUUUUCCUCCGUGGGAUAUGUAUUAAGCAAAGGCUCUUUUUAUACAUUAACAUACACACAAUACCCAAUUAUCCAUUGUAUUAUAUCAUAUACUUUAUACAUACGCGUCCCCCUUUUAUAUAUUAUUUAUUAAAGAUAAAAAAAUGAGAAAAAUAUACGUAUCUUCGACUUUUUAUAUUAUAAACAUCAUACGUAUAGGGAAAAAUAAUAUUAUAAUUAUCAAUCGAUAUUACCAACGGAUAAAAUGCUUGUAUACGCGCAUCGGAGCGACGAGCGGCUGCGAAAAAUAAAGCAGUCGCAACAAGUAAUAAUAAUAACAAAGCGCGAGCGUCGUCGCUUCACUUUUCGCGCGUAUAUUCAAAAAUUUUAUGUAAAUGUAGAAUUUGUAUAAUCGCAAAUAACGGAUUUAUUGAAGCACACUCUCACACCCACACUAUAUUGUAAGUAAAGUAAAAAUACUCUGUAAACCGAGGGGCUGCUCCUCUCUACGGCGUGUUGCAGACGGAUAAAUAAAACCAUUAAGCACAAAAUCAUA